AUGACGAAUGAAAAGCAUAGCAAGGGAGAAAUCAAUGUUGCUGAGAAAGAUUCUUCCAUUGAGCUUCGGCAUAAGAGACUCGGUCAUUUGAGCGAGAAGGGGCUGCAAAUAUUGUCCAAGAAAAAACUCUUGCCCGGAGCUAAAGGUACUCUUCUUAAAAAUUGUGUUCAUUGCUUAGCCGGAAAAACUCAUAGAGUUGCAUUUCAUAGAUCUCCACCUUCUAGGAGUAAGGUACUUGAUCUAAUUCACACCGAUGUUUGUUUUAUGCGAGAUAAAACUCUUGGUGGUGCAAGCUAUUAUGUUACCUUCAUCGAUGAUCACUCAAGGAAGGUGUGGACAUAUGCUUUGAAAACGAAGGAUCAAGUGCUAGAUGUUUUCAAGCAAUUUCAUGCUGAAGUGGAAAGGGAAACCGGCCUGAAGUUGAAGUGUGUAAGGGCUGAUAACGGGGGAGAGUAUAGAGGUCCAUUCGAAAGCUACUGCAGAUUGCACGUAAUUAAACUGCAGAAAAGUGUACCCAAGACUCCACAACAAAACGGUGUCGCCGAGAGGAUGAAUAGAACAAUUUGUGAGAGAAUCAAGUGUAUGCUCUCACAUGCCAAGCUACCUAAAUCAUUUUGGGGAGAAGCAAUGCGGACAGCAGUUGAUCUAAUCAAUCUCUCACCAUCGGUCCCAUUGGAGGGUGAUGUGCCUCAACGAGUAUGGACGGGAAAGGAAGUCUCAUAUGAACACUUGCGAGUGUUCGGUUGCAAAGCCUAUGUUCAUGUUCCAAAAGAUGAGAGAGCAAAGCUUGAUGACAAAGCAAAUCCAUGUAUAUUCAUGGGCUAUGGGCUUGAAGAGUUUGGGUACAGAUUAUGGGAUCCAAUUGCAAGGAAAAUUGUUCGGAGCCGGGAUGUGAUUUUUCUUGAAGAUGAGACAAGUGAAGACAUCGAAAGGGUUGAAAAGAAGAAAAAUACAGCAGCUGGUCCGGUUAAUUUGGAGUCUAUAUCUCCAUCCCAAAUGCAUGAAAAUGUUGAGGAAGUAGUGCAUGAUGAGCCCCAAGGUGCACUAGAUCAAGAAGUGCAAGGAGAAGAGCAAUUGGAGCAAGAAGAACAAGUUGAAGAAGAGCAACCUCUAUCCGAACCAAGAAAGUCAACAAGAGAUCGCAAAGCUUCCACUUGGUACUCCCCUCAUGAGUACCUAUUGUUGACUGACGGGGGAGAACCCGAAUAUUAUCAAGAAGCCAUGUCUCAUGAAGACAAGGAGGAGUGGAACAAAGCAAUGCAAGAAGAGAUGAAGUCUUUGCAAGAAAAUCACACCUAUGAUUUGGUGAAACUACCCAAAGGAAAAAGAUCACUUAAGAACAAGUGGGUCUACAAGUUAAAGACGGAGGAAACUAGUUCAAAGCCUCGGUUUAGGGCGCGACUAGUUGUGAAGGGUUUCAACCAAAAGAAAGGUGUUGACUUUGAAGAAAUUUUCUCUCCCGUGGUGAAGAUGUCUUCUAUCCGAGUUGUGCUUGGGUUGGCUGCAAGUUUGGAUUUAGAAGUUGAACAACUCGAUGUGAAGACGGCGUUUCUUCAUGGUGACUUAGAGGAAGAGAUAUACAUGGAUCAGCCAGAAGGGUUCGAGGUUAAAGGCAAAGAAGAUCUUGUAUGCAGAUUGAGAAAGAGCUUAUAUGGGUUGAAGCAAGCACCAAUGCAAUGGUACAAGAAAUUUGACUCAUUCAUAGUAAAAAACGGGUAUGCAAGAACUACCUCUGAUCAUUGUGUGUUUGUGAAAUACUUUGCUGAAAAUGAUUUCAUCAUUCUCUUGCUUUACGUGGAUGACAUGUUGAUCGUGGGUCGGAAUGUUGGAGAGAUUGAUAGAUUGAAAAAGGAGUUGAGUAAAUCCUUUGUCAUGAAGGACUUAGGACCGGCGAAACAAAUUCUAGGGAUGAGAAUCUCUAGGGAUCGAAGGAAUGGAAAAAUUUGGUUGUCUCAAGAAAGGUAUAUUGAAAGAGUUCUUGAGCGGUUCAACAUGAGCAAGGCUAAGGCGGUUAGUACUCCACUUGGAGGACAUUUCAUAUUGAGUUCGAAGCAUUGUCCUACAAGUGAUGAAGAGAAAGAAGCAAUGAAGAAUGUGCCUUAUGCAUCUGUUGUUGGAAACUUGAUGUAUGCCAUGGUUUGCACAAGAUCGGAUAUUGCUCACGCCGUUGGGACUGUUAGUCGGUUUCUUUCCAAUCCGGGGAAAGAACAUUGGAGAGCAGUGAAGUGGAUUCUUCGCUACUUGAGAGAUACUUCUAGAGUGUGUCUAUGCUUUGGUAAUGGCAAGACCAUACUUGAUGGAUAUACCGAUGCUAACAUGGCAGGUGAUGUGGACUCUAGAAAGUCGACUUCUGGUUACAUAAUGACUUUUGCAGGUGCUGCAGUUUCAUGGCAAUCUAAACUGCAAAAAUGUGUUGCAUUAUCAACAACAGAAGCCGAAUACAUAGCCGUGACAGAAGCUUGCAAAGAGAUGUUAUGGUUGAAGAAGUUUCUUCAAGAGUUGGGCAUUAAGCAAGAGAUGUAUGUGCUCUAUUGUGAUAGUCAAAGUGCAAUUCAUCUUUUCAAGAAUCCAACUUUCCACUCAAGGUCGAAACACAUAGAUGUUCGAUAUCAUUGGAUUCGUGAUGUUUUGGAAGAGAAGUUGUUGGAGCUCAACAAAGUUCAUACGGAUGACAAUGGUUCGGACAUGAUGACUAAGUCUCUACCAAGUGGAAAACAUAUCUUCUGUCGAGAUGAAGCAGGUUUGGUGCUACCCCCCAUAUGA